AUGUGGUGGUAAACUCACAGAACGUACCCUUUGGUAUGUUCUGUGGGAAAUUCGGAUAUUUUGAUCAUAACCUCAAUUUUUAAAAUAAAACACAUUAUAUUCAUUCAAUUGUUUACGUCGAUAUUAUAGAAUAUGAUAGUUAGUUUUCUGUACUAAUUUCUUUUGUAUAGAAAAAUGGCCGACGAAUGUGAUGAAAAUUCUACAACGGUAUUCGUAGAAGAUUGGCUGUGUUGUAAAAACACCCUCGGAGAAGGUGCUUACGGCGAAGUUAAACUUUUGAUUCAUAAACACACCAAUGAAAAAAUAGCCUGUAAGAUAAUAAACCACGAUAAAUAUAAAGACGCUUUCUCUAAUAUUAACAGAGAAGUUACUAUUCACAAGAUAUUAGAACACGAAAAUAUCAUUAAAUAUUAUGGUAGAAGGCAGGAACCGAAUAGAGAAUAUAUAUUCCUCGAAUAUGCUGCUGGAGGUGAACUUUUUCAGUUGAUUGAGCCAGAUGUAGGUAUGCCAGUAGCCAGUGCUCAAUUGUUCAUGAAACAGCUGUUAUGUGGCCUUGGGUAUUUACAUGAGAAAGGUAUUACUCAUCGGGAUAUUAAACCCGAGAAUAUAUUAAUAAGCGCCGAAGGUACAUUGAAAAUAAGCGAUUUUGGUAUGGCCACUCUUUUCAGAUUUAAAGGUAAAGAGAGGCUAUUAGAUAAGAAGUGUGGUACAAAACCCUACCUAGCACCCGAGGUGCUAAAACGACCUUAUCGAGCGCAACCUGCAGAUAUUUGGAGCUGUGGUAUUGUUUUCGUAGCUAUGUUAACGGGAGAACUACCUUGGGGCGAUACAACAGAUGAAAACUUAGAUUUUUCCAAAUGGAAAACUGAAGAUUACAUCUUAGACACCCCUUGGUCCAAACUCAGCAACACUGCUUUGAAUCUAGCCAGAAAUAUCUUAAACAUAGACUCAAAAAAGAGAUUCAAUUUGAAACAAAUCAACGAUCACCUUUGGAUGAAGUUCAAUUUCAAGAUGGAAUCUUCCAAUUGGGAUACUUGCGAUAGCGGCUCGCAGCAUAUCGCGAAACGCAGCAAUUCCAUGAUCAAUGCCGAAAUAAAUCACAAUAGAGAAACGCCGGUAGUGACGCUGUCUCAACCGGUUCCAGCACAGCGCCAUAACAACAUUCUGAAAGCCCUCGAUAACAUCAAAACUUCGAGAAAAGACGUGAUCUCGUUCUCACAACCCACCCAAAACGACAAUCUCGUCAUCCAAUUCACUCAAACUCCCAUUGAAAAAGACGAUUUCGAAAAUCUGAUCAAGCGUUUUACUCGUUUUUACAUAUCUUGUAGCAAGGAAAAAACGCUCGAAGUGCUGUGCGCGGCUUUGGAAUCCGCGUAUUUAAUUCCGAAUAUAGACGUAACGGGUACCGUGUCUGUUAGUACGUGGGACAUGAUGAAAAAUCAACUCGUUUUCAAGAUAAACCUCUUGAAUAUGAACGGAAAAGUCCUAUUAGAUUUUAGGUUAUCCAAAGGCUGUGGUUUACAAUUCAAGAAAUUGUUUCUCAAAGUUAAAGAGUUUAUUAUCUGCAACUGCAACUAAAUCUAUUAUAUAGAAGGAUAUUAGUUGUUAUUUUUUUUUAUUUAGGAACAUUAGGUAGGUAUCUCAAGUGUUAAAUUGAUUCUUGUUAAAUGUCUCAAAUUACAAAUUAACGACAAUAAAUAAUUCGUUUUGCGUUUAUUUAUUAUUCAA